UCGCUUUCAGAAACAGAUAUUCCCCACCGUACAAAAACGCAUGAUGAGAUCCUCGAACGUGCGAAGCUGGCAGUCGAGCGCGUGAAAGAGAAGCUCAAGCAUGUCGACAGCAAAAUUUCCAUGACGUUCGACUCGUGGACAUCUUUUCCUGGUCACCCUUUCCUAUCCAUUACAGCGCAUUACAUA